AUGCUGAUUUUUUUAUUACUAAUAUUUGUGCAAAGUCAAGAUUAUAAUAUCUCGGUUGAUUCUGAAAAAGUAAUUGACAAGUUUGAUCAAUUUGGUGAAAUUUUUUAUUAGGAAAUUGAUUACUAAAAUAAUUCAUUCAAACCAUGUCAUUUCACUAAACAAAAGUUAGUUCAAAGUACAGGAUUAAAUAUAGAUAUUGUUGAAUCUUUUAAUGAAACUUUCUUCCAACAGAAUUAUGAGGAAGGCCAUUUAAAUGCGAAUAUUGAUGAAGUCAUAGCAGCUGUCACUAUUCAAAAUGGAUCAAUUGUUUUGACCAAAUAGGGUAAAUUGUAACAUUUACUGAUUACUAAUACAAUCACUUUAGGUAGUUCAAUGAUGAUUAAUAUUAAUACUGCAAAUAAAGUAUAUCUAAAAUACCUUAGCAGAAAUAAAGUUUUACUGAUAAUUGCAGAUUAAGAAACUUUAGCAUUUCAACUUUCAAACAAAACUGAUGUUUUCGAAGAUUCAUCAAAACUAAGGAUAUAUGAUUAAUUCAACGUUGAUUAAAUCUCAAGUAUGACAACUGUAAAUGAUAUGAUUUUCAUUGCAAUGGGUAGGUAGGGCAUUUCAAUGUAUUAAUUUAAAGAAAAAAAUUUACAAUCAAUUUCCUGGGUGUUGAAUGGUGAAUCAAAUAACUAGUUUCACGAUGUAGUUGACAUUAAAGUGUUCUCACAAAACCAGGAUCAAAUCUAUACUAUUUAUAUUUUAGAUAAGAAAUUGGGUGUCUAACAAUUUGUUUAUAAUUCAAUAACAACCUUGAUCUCCAUGAAUACUAAAUUAGGAACAAUCCCAUUGAUUGGGGAUAUAUUUGAUAUAAGAUAGUCUAUUUUAAUUAUCAUAGAGCACUAACCUUCAUUUUCUUAUGUACACGAAAUAACAUUAGAUUUAACUAACAAUACAUACAAAUAGCUUAAUAAAUAUAAAACUUUCAAAGAUGUUCAAGAUGUAGAUAUUCUGAAUCAUUAUGUUGUUAUAUUAGGUAAGAAUGGCCAUUAAGUAUUGAGGCAUUCCUUACCCCAAAGUUUUAAUAAUUAGUCAUCCAAUUAAAUAAUCAUACCUAAUCUAUAAUAACUAGAUUAUAUUGAUUAUAAAACAAGGACAAUAAUAUUUGGAUUCACUAAACAUAAAUUUUUUUAUUCAUCUAUAAGAGAAGUAAACAUUUAAUCAUAUACUAGUCUCCAAGUUUAAUUUAUUGUUUUUCAAACAACACUGAGAUUCAUUAGACAAAGUUUGUUUAUAAAUAAAAAUCAACAAAAUGUCCUGAUGAACUCAAUGUUACAAAGGAAGAAAUCUGUUAAAUUCAAAAAGAUUAUACAGUUAAUUUCAUUCCACCAAAGAGAGGAGCAGGAUAUUCUUAAUUAAUAUUAAUUUAUGGUGUUGCAUUUGUAUUAGGGCUUGGAUUUAUGAUGUUAAGUUUUAUGUUGUGUAGAGAGUUCAGAAAAUAUGAGCAUUUUGUUAAAUACAAUGAGAUGGUUGACAACGAUUCAAUUGGGUUGGAGGGAUAAAAUUCAAAUAAUUCUUAAGAUUCAUCCAAUUAGAGGAAGUUUGAGAAAAUUGAACAAAAAGGAUCAUCAAUGACUCCAGUUGUUUAUGAGGAGAAAGAUUAUUGA